CCUGAGCAGGCUAGUGUGCGCCUGCGCGCGUAAGAGCGUCGAAGAAGAGUUGGCAUUGUAAACACAAGGCUAUGGCUGACGACAGGGGAGGAGAAGACGACGUCAACGACAACGACAACGACAACAUGGGCAACCAACUACAGCUCCUACCAGGCAACGAAGAGGAGGAGGAAGACGACAUGGAGACGGAGGACCGAGACAGUGAGGAUGCAACAAAACCCGACAUCAUCACCUUCGACCCCAGUCUACCAACAUCACACAGUUACCUGGGUUCAGACAUGGAGGAGUUCCACGGGCGCACGGUCCACGACGAUGACAGUUGCCAGACCAUCCCCGUGUUGCCGCACACGGCUGUGAUGCUGGUGCCAGGACAGACUCUUCCCCUGCAGCUCUUCAGGCCGCAGGAAGUCAGCAUGAUGAGGAGUGUGAUACAGAAGGACCGGACGUUCGCUGUACUCGCACACAGUGACGCUGGCGAACCGGAUGCGGAGUUCGGAACGACGGCAGAAAUCUACGCAUACCGGGAGGAGCAGGAGUACGGCAUCGAGACGGUCAAAGUGAAAGCCGUAGGAAGGCAGAGAUUCAAAGUGCACGAGAUUAGAACUCAAGCCGAUGGGAUCCGACAGGCCAAAGUCCAGAUCCUUCCAGAACGCGUCCUUGCCGAUCCCCUGUCUGCUGUGCAGCUCACGGCCCUCUCCAGGCUCCUCACGCACCCUUCCUCCAGGCCCCUCACUCAGAGCUGCAAGCAGGCCCAAUGCUGGUGGAACAACUACCGACAGAGGAAGUUCCACUGUGCCAAUCUGACGCCAUGGCCGCCGUGGGUCUACGCCCUCUAUGACUCCGAGUCCCUCAUGAACAGAGUAAAGAAACAACUGCACGAGUGGGACGAGAAUCUGAAGGAUGACUCUCUGCCGACCAACGCCAUAGACUUCUCCUACAGAGUGGCAGCCUGUCUGCCCAUAGACGACACACUGAGGCUCCAGCUGCUGAAGAUUGGCAGCGCCAUUCAGAGGCUUCGCUGUGAGCUGGACAUCAUGGACCGGUGCACAUCAUUGUGCUGCAAGCAGUGUCUAGACACUGAAAUCACCACCAAAAAUGAAAUCUUCAGCUUGUCCCUCUAUGGUCCCAUGGCCGCCUACGUCAACCCGCACGGUUACGUCCAUGAGACGCUGACCGUCUACAAGGCCAACAACCUCAACCUGGUCGGCAGGCCGUCCACGCUCCACAGCUGGUUUCCAGGGUACGCCUGGACCAUCGCCCAGUGCCGAAACUGCGGCUCCCACAUGGGUUGGAAGUUCACCGCCACCAAGAAGGACUUGUCUCCGCCUCGCUUCUGGGGUCUGACCCGCUCCGCCAUGCUCCCUCGCAUCCCCCAGGAAGAGGGCGACGACGAGGACGGGCGCCACAGCUCCCGCCUCUUCUGCCUGUGACGUCGUACCUUCUCCCCUCGAGUCUUCAAAUCCCCCCGCCCCCUCGUGUCCGGCUGCCUCUGGGUAAGGAACGCAUCGCACUUUGUCGCCCUCGGCAGCAAGUCCAUCAUAUUGGCGCAAAAGGUCUUCCGGCCUUCACUUGGCGUCUUCAUACGUGGACACGCUAGAGACUUGCUUCCGUUCGUUCAUGGCUGCUCAGUCCCCACACGCACCAAAAUAAGAGCGUCGCCUUUUGACACCUGUGUGAAGUCCCCCCCCCCCUGUUAGUUCGUUAGUGCCGUUCCAGUUUUUAAGUUAUUCUCAAAUCUAUUUUCUGACUGGUGACGUCUAAGAGUGUCAAAAUAAUCGAUUUUCAGAUAAAUCCUGAUUAUUUUUUUUAUUUUUUUUUUCUUCUCCAAUCCAGCCACUCAGACAAAUCAUAUAGUUGAUGGAGAUGAUCAUAUCGGAUGUACAUAUUUACUUUAGAAAAGAGAAGUGUUGGAUACUUUUCUUGUUGCCUUAUUUGUAUUUGACUAUUAAAUGUUUGGGAAGCAUUUUAUUAAACAGAACCAGUUUUAUUUUA